UUGAGCUUCCGAGUUCCCUCUCUUCUCUUGGCAGUGCACCAAUAAGCGAACUGAUUACAGAUGAAGGCAGAGCAGAAGGGUAGGUCGCGUUUGAACGCCUGGGGUUCAUCGUGUACAAGUCUCGCCAAAGCUUAAUCUGUGACUUAAGUGAAAUCCCUUUAGUCAUUCUCUUUCAAUCUCUUCCAAUGUUUGGUUUCCAACCUCACCACUUACUCCUUCAAUUCGCCAGGAUUGGAGACACCAUAACCACCACAAGCUAUCUCAAACAUUUUCCAGAGUCUGCUUUCAAACGCCUCCUCUCUCACAUCUCAACUUCCAAGGAUAAGUUAUCCUCUUUUACAGUUUCUUACCUCGUAAACUCAUGUGGGCUCUCAUCAGAAACCGCUCUUUCGGUUGCAAAAAAAGUCUAUUUGAAGUGCCAAAGCAAACCUGACUCAAUCCUGAAACUAUUCAAAACCCAUGGAUUCACCAAAACCCAGAUCGCAACCAUCAUCUCCAAGAGUCCUAAUGUACUCCUGGCUGAUCCACGCAAAACGGUCGAGCCCAAACUUCAGUUUUUCAGGCGUGUUGGACUUUCUGUCCCCGACCUUAUGAAGGUCCUCUAUUUGAACCCUGGAAUCUUCAAAACGAGCUUAGAAGACAAGAUCAUCCCUUCUUGGAAAUUUCUCAAGACAUUACGUCACACAGACGAAAAGGUAGCCUCCUCGAUCAUGAACGCCAUGGCCAAAAGGGCUCUCCAACAUUAUUCACCGAAAUCAUUGGCACCAAAAAUUGCAUUCUUGCGUGAUGUUGGUGUACCCGAAUCCAACAUCUCAAAAAUGCUCCUUCUGUUGCCAACUGCAAUACGUCGAAGCACUUACCGGUUUAAUGAGUUGGUCAGGGAGAUCAGUGAAGUGGGUUUUGAUCCCUCGACAACAUUUUUUCUCAAAGCCCUGCAUGUGAAAGCAAGUGUAAGCAAGGCUACAUGGGAAGCGAAAUUUGCACUUUUUAGGAACUUCGGAUGGUCUGAUAACGAGAUACUUUUGGCGUUCAGAAGGAGUCCCUAUUGCAUGCUUGCCUCAAAGAAGAAUAUUGGGAGUAAAUUGGACUUCCUGAUGAACAAACAGAACCUAAAGCCUGCAGAUAUUUGUAAACAUCCGCAAAUAUUUACAUAUAACUUGGAGAAAAGGAUUAUUCCAAGAUGGUUUGUUACUCAGGUUCUACUCUCAAAGGGACUGAUCAAGAAGGAUUUGGCUCUUAAUACUGUAUUCAGUAUUUCUGAUUCAUUGUUUCUAGAGAAAUUUGUGAUCAAGUAUAAGGAUGAGACUGCUGAACUAUUAAAGGUCUAUCAAGGUGCAUGGGAAAAUCAUUAAAUAGGCGGAAAGGAAGCUGUUUGGAUAAAAGCCUUGGUAAUCCAAUUGAAAGGAAAAGGACUUGUAUUGGAUUCAUAUGAAUCUUACUUGUUUCAAGUUGGGUGCAGGUUCACUAGACUGAAUUGGUUUUGGUUUGGUUGCAGCUUGAAGGUUGAAGCACUGUAACCCAAGUUGCUGUGUUUGUCUUGGGUUUAGCUUUGAUCAGAGCCCAUUCUGCUUCAUUACAAAUUAGAAACUUAUUGAUUUUUUAUCCACGUUAGAAGCUUACAGGUUCCACAUUUGGUUCAAGCAAAUCUACUAGAACUGCAAAAGCUUUGGAAUCACAUACUUAAUGGAGAAAAGUACAAUAAAAGAACUUACAUUCUUUCUCAAACUAA